UGCGGCACUGAGGCUCUGCUGGAAUCAAAUGUGAAUGUAUUGAUGGAGGCACCAAUCAUUAACACUGAGUACAUAGCGAUUCUCAGGAGAGAUGCAAAUAUGUUUUUCCUUUAUCUAAAUCCUCAAAGGAGCCUUUAAUCUGCACACAUUGUGCUGAACAAAUUGCUGGGCAAUUACAGGAGAUAACUGGCAGGGCACAGAGGAAUAGCAGUGGAAUCAUUCAAUAGUGAUGCUCCUAUUGUCACAUGGAAGACUCAAGGGUCCUCACAAUUGGCCUCUGCGAAGGGGAAAGUAAAUUGGCAACCGAAAGCUCUUUGUGCUGUGGAAGAAUGAAUUGGUCCUUGGGGGCAUUGACAUUGCAGAGAGGAAUGUGACCCCCCAGCACAGAGCUGUUUAUCAGGGACUCAGAGAUGUCAGUGCAGGUCCCCACAGGGGAAACUCAUAAAGAAGCAGCAGCCUCAGACCCCCAUCCAACCACACCUGAAAGCCCCUCUGCCCAAUCAGAGGCAAAUAGGAGGGGCAAGAGGGGAGAUAGGGAUCCUUGUAGAGGAAUGAAAGCCGGAGAGAGAGAGAGAGAGAGAGAAGCACUGCUACUGUUUUUCUACAAAGGGAUAGUUUAGGGGAGCUGUCUGCAUAACAGUCGGGGUGCUAUUGGGGUAAGAAACAAUAUAGCAAAGAUCAGUGAGAUUGGGAAGGGACAGUGUCAAUUGCAAGGAAGGCUGAGCUUCUGUCACUUAGUGAGGGAUUUGGGGAGUGUGAGACAGUGUGUGAGACAGUUUGUGUGUGAGACAGUUUGUGUGUGAGACAGUUUGUGUGUGAGACAGUGUGUGAAAUUGAUAAAGGAUGUAAGUAUAACAGAUUGAAUCUCUGGGUGCACUUGGGGUGGCAGAAUGAUGUGCGUAUUUGUAUAAGGGGACAGUGACUGCUCAGCAUGGCAUUGUAUGAGAAGGAGGCAGAGGAGGGAACAGCUUGACAGUUGGCAGAAGCUGUAAGUUUCUAGGGUGACAUUGGUCCAAAUGGUGAGUGUGGUUGACGUUCAAUACUUUGUGUGUGUUAGUAGUUGGCAUAGACAGUAAAGAGUUGAUUAUAGGGUGGUAGACAGCAGUGUGACAGUUGGUACAAAAGUGUAUUAGAGGGUGGCAUUGCUUGGCACGAGUAGCCCCGCAUUAGAGGCUGCUAGAGAGUCUAAACAAAGCCGGUGGUAUAUAGUCAAUUAUAAGAUAAGAAGGCUGUAAGGGUGGCACUGGUUGGCACAGUGUAACAUUGGAUAAGAGGACAGAAGUGGUUGGCACAGAGUAGCUGUUCUCGGGAUAGAAUGUCAGUGCAAUAGAAUGUGGCAGAGAGUGUAAGAGUGACAGUAGUUGGCACAGAGUAGCAGGGUAGGUGUAAGUUACAAGUGGUGGGAGCACAUACUAUCAGCAGCCAGUGUUCCUAAAAUUGUCAGUAUAAAUAGUGUGAGAUAGAGAAAAACAGUAAAAAUGUUGGAGGAACCCUGGAUCCGGACUAUGCAGCGCCUCUUCUACCCCAUCAUGUCUGCCUUUGGCAUGCCAGCCAGCAUUAUCACCAUCACCAUCCUGUGGAAAGGCAACUUGGGGAUGUCCAAGUCCAUAAUUUAUUACUUAGUGGCCCUUGCUGUGGCCAACUUCCUCCUCAUCCUAGUGGUGACCGUCUUCCGGGAUAUCUUCUACUUUUAUGUGGAUGUGACCUUGUGGUGGCCAGAGCCAUCUUGUAGCAUCAGCAACUGGAUCUACUUCACUUGUGUUUAUGCCCUCAUCUGGCUUACUGUGGCUUUCACCUUUGAUCGUUAUGUCAUAGUCUGUUGCAUGAAACUGAAGCUGUGGUAUUGCACCGCCAGGACAGCACAGAUAGUAAUAAUUGCAAUCUACGUGGCUGCUUUUGUGGUGGCCAUGCCCACAUAUUGGAUGUAUGUUCCUGUCCGUACAACUCAGCCUGAUGGGUCUUUGUUCCACAUCUGCUCCUUGCACCGCAACCUAAGUAUGAUUCCAUUCCUGUCUGCCUACGACCACAUCCAGACAACCCUUUGGAUUGUGGUUCCAUUGGUCUCGCUGGUCCUGACAAAUGGCCUGACUUUCUGGCACAUCACGGUCACCACCAGGGUCAGACAAGGCCUGAAAAGUGUCCCAUCUGGGAAAGAGUCUGAAGACCCAGAGGUGGCCCGAAGAAAGAAGUCUAUGUCUCUCCUAGUGAUGAUCACCAUUUCUUUCCUGGGUCAUUGGCUUCCCAAAAUGGUAAUCAAAGUAGUGGAGAGACUUACCUACCCUCCUGUCAACCGCUAUGAUUUCUACCAUGUUGUAAAUGUGGUAAGGAUGCUGUGUAACAUGUUGAUUGUCUUAAGCUCCUUCAGCAACAUGUGCAUCUACUCACUCACCAUCAGCAAAUUUCGGGGGGAGCUUUUCAGAGGAGCCAAGUAUAUGAUCCGAUUAAUCUUCAGACACCCCUCUUCUUCCCUCCCACCUCCAAAGCAAGUCAAGGUAUUCUCCAUCUAAGGGCAGUAUGUGAGGGUCAAGUGCUUGAGCUUCCAACCAACAUCAAUACCAAAUUAUUACAACUUUCCCAAUGUAUCUGUUCUCUACCUAUCUCAUACAACCAAGAAAGGGUAACAGUGAUUAUAAAGGUUUGUAGGGUACUGCCCCAAAGAGCCACAAGAAUAAAAGAUGAGAUGCCCCAAUAUGAGCAGUAUGUCAUUAAUAUUAUGUAUUAGUAGUAGUGAGGGAUUCCUUAAGUUUACACAUGGACAUUUUUAUUUCCUUCAAUGGACACUUUCACUUCAUUCGGUGGACACUGUCACUUCCUUCAAUGGACACCGUCACUACCUUCAUUGGACACAGUUAUGAAAUUAACUGUUUCUGGCUGCCACGUCAGUUAUGUAGUAUGAGAGAAUCACAUAAAUCCCAUAAACAUACCAAACUCUUUAAAUACAAAAUGUAGUCCAUGUGUACCGGCCCCACAGACUUUGACACAGAUGUCAGACUUACAGGCCUAUAAUUGCCAGGCUGAGAUCAUAAUCCCUGCUUAAAUAUUAUAAUGAUGUCAUCUUUCCUCCAAUCCAUAGGUUCAAACCAGAUAAAAGUGAGUCUGAGAAACUCAGGCCUAGCCAAAACUGAACUACUGUAAGAUCUCUCAGUACCUAAAGGUGUACUCCAUCUGGCCCUGAUGCCUUGUUCACAUUCAUUUUGAGUAACCCUUAUAUGUACCAUAUCCUGAGUCAGCCACUGACUGAAUGAGCUGAACCAUCAGUGCCCCCAUCAAGUGGGUCUUGAAUCUCUGACUCCUCUAAUUCAUACACUGAAAGAAGGAACUAAUUCAGCAGAGAUACAUUUCUGUCCAUUUUGGAGCCAUGCUCUCAACCUGAAUCUUUGUACUAUUAAUAUUCUGUUUUUAUUGGAAUUUUUCAUGUCUUAUAUGAAAGGCAUUCAUGCAAAUUCACCAAGUCUAUGUGAAAGAACUACACCAAUUUAUCCAAAACAAAGCAUUACAUAGUAAUUUAUAGUUGACUCAUGCCGACUAGGAUUAUCAACCUGGGAUUAAAAUUUGUGGUAGGUGUUUAGUAAAUAGAAUGCAGACUCCUGGUGGGAUAUCUGUUAGAUGGUAAUCUCUUUGGUGAAUAUCUUGAUAAUAAUGUUGCGUUUCCACAAAAAAUUGGGCUGUGUUUUAAAAUUUACGUCAUACUAUAAUUUUCUUAAACAAGUUUUUGGGGUUAGUCUUAGCCUCUGCCACAAUCAGUUCCUCUUUUAUUAUCUUUGCCUCCUGAAUUGCUGUUUUACACACACAUACUUGUGUGAUUAUGAUUUUAUCUUCUUUCCUAUUGACUUCUUUACUCCUGAACUGAGCCUACAGUGAGUCAUUGACCCCUGACCAGUAGGAGAGCCCAGUUUCCUUAUGGGUAAGACCACCAUCAGGGGGUACAGGGAACUCUCCAGCCAUGGGCCCUAUGAUAGAGGUGAGGCCCAAGAGAAGCAAAAGUCUGAGCUGAACUACACGGGAGCUGUAGGGGGUGUUAGAUCAACAGUUCCUACAAGAUGUGGUCUCAUGGGUGAAAAUAUAACAGGAUUUAAAAAAUUUAAUGUGUAAUUGUCAUGAAAGAUUUGCUGUUCAGAUGCACGUGGGCAUCUUCAUCCAACAAGAUCCAAUGUGAUUGUCCAAUCUGAUCUGAUCUUCAUAUUGGAAUACAUUGUACACCAUCCGACUUUGUCUCAUCAUUUUGUAGCAGGUUUUGUAACAUCCCACAAAGUUUUUGUGGAUAAGAUAAAGUCUGACCCAUAAAAUCUGCUUAAAAUGUGUAUUGUAUCCCUAGUAAAAGUGGAUACAGGUAUAAGGUGGAUACGGGUAUAAGGUAAAUACAGGUAAAAGAUGGACACAGGUAUAACGUGGAUCAUACAAGUAUAAGGUGGACACAGUUAUAAGAUAAACACAGGUAUAAAGUGGAUAUAGGUAUAAGGUGAAUACAGGGAUAUGGUGGAUCAUACAGGUCUAAAGUUGAUGAUACAGGUAUAAGGUGGAUCAUACAGGUACAAGGUGGACACAGGUAUAUUCAGGCUCAUUUGUCCCAACGCAUUUCAUACUUAACGGAAAAAACUGACAUUGUAAACAGAAAGGACUGCGUAUGUGCACAGAUAUAGUGAAUAAAGUACC